CGCAGGGAGGAGUGCUUGUGCUUGUGCUUGUGCUUGCGCUCGUGCGACGUAACGUUGUUAUGUAUGGUAUAAAUGGUAAAGACACAGACAGAAUUAGAAUAGACAAACAUUUCUUGUGCAAUCCCUGGCAACUAUCGCCAUUUUGCCUCCAUGUUUUCUCCGAAAGUUCGUUGCCACUUUCCCGGAAAAUCGGCUCAAAUGAACCAAUAAUUGCCUGCCUGUGAACGACGUUUUGAGCUCUGGCUUGCUUCCCUAUGUUGGAUUUGUUGUUUGAUCAUCGGGUGCAGAGUCCAAAUCUCUUAAGAUGCAAUUUAAAGUUGGUGCUGACUUGAGGAGAGACCAAGGAUGGAAAUGUAAGGCUUUGAUGAGUUGAGUUGGGCAAAUUUGGUCUUAUCUUAUAUAUGGGACUACAGGAUAUCGGUUUUUAGGGCUCUCUUGCUUUUAACCGGAUGAUGUUGGAUGUUAUUACUAGUUCCUCAUUUGAGGUUGUUGCAGAAGUCCUUUCGGCUAUGAUUGAGACAAUUAUAGAGAUUUUAAUUGCUGCCAAAGUUGUCUUCAUUGAGAGAAAGAGCUUUGCACAACUUGCAAAUUUCUUGCAAAAGAUUCUGCCUCUCCUGGAGGAGCUAAAAAGGCAGAACUUCAGUAGCCAUGAUGGCUUAAGCAAUGCUAUCAUGCUUCUUAAUCAGGAGGUCAAAGUUGCAAAGCAAUUAACAGAGGAAUGUAGUCAGAAAAACAAAGUAUAUCUCUUGGUGAACACCCGGUCAAUUGCUAAGCGCUUGGAGAACACCACAAAGGAGAUCAGCAGGGCAUUAGGUCUCAUUCCCUUGACCUCAUUGAAUCUUUCAUUCGGCAUAACUGCCGAAAUCAGGCAACUGUUGGACCAUAUGCAGACUGCAGAGUUCAAGGCAGCCAUAGAACAGGAAGAGAUUUUGGAGAAAAUAGAGUCAGGAAUACAGGAGAGGAAUGCUGAUCGCUCAUAUGUCAAUAAUUUGCUUUUUUCGAUUGCAGAGGCUCUUGGAAUUUCAACUGAACCUUCAGCAUUGAAGAAAGAAUUUGAAGAAUUCAAGAGAGAGGCAGAAAAUGCAAAACUGAGGAAGGACCAGGCGGAAGCUAUACAAAUGGAUCAAAUUAUUUCUUUGCUCGAAAGAGCAGAUGCUACCUCUUCCCCAAAUGAGAGAGAAGUCAGGUACAUUGCCAAGCGAGAUUCUUUGGGCAACCAGCCACUUGAUCCUCUCCAUUCAUUUAUUUGCCCAAUCACUAAAGAAGUUAUGGUGGAUCCCGUUGAGAUUUCUUCUGGGCACACAUUUGAGAGAAGUGCCAUAGGGAAAUGGUUUGCUGAUGGAAAUAAUUUGUGUCCCUUGACCAUGGUAACUUUAGACACAUCAAUUUUGCGGCCUAACAAAACUUUACGACAAUCAAUUGAAGAAUGGAAGGACAGAAAUAUCAUGAUCUUGAUUGCUUCCAUGAAACGAAAACUCCCCUCAGAAGAGGAAGAAGAAGUACUUCAUUGCCUGGAACAGCUACAGGAUCUCUGUCAGCAGAAGGACACACACCGAGAAUGGGUGGUUUUGGAGAAUUACAUACCUAUCCUUGUAGAACUUCUAGGUUCCAAAAAUCGAGAUAUAAAAAACAAUUCUCUAAUCGUCCUCUGCAUCUUGGCAAAACAUAGUGAUGAAGCUAAGGAAAGAAUUGCAAAAGCUGAUAAUGCAAUUGGAUCCAUUGUUCGCUCACUUGGACGUCGUGUUGCAGAAGCGAAGUUAGCUGUGGCAUUGCUACUGGAAUUGUCAAAAAGUGAAUCUGUACGAGACUGCAUUGGGAAGGCUCAGGGUUGCAUACUCCUUCUAGUGACCAUGACAAGCAAUGAUGACAGUCAGGCUGCCAGAGAUGCUAAGGAGCUUUUGGAGAAUCUCACAUUCUCUACUCAGAAUGUUAUCCAAAUGGCAAAGGCAAAUUAUUUUAAGCAUUUAUUGCAGAGUCUUUCUUCAGGGCCAGAGGAUGAGAAGCUACUCAUGGCCACAACUGUGGCCGACAUGGAGUUGACUGAUCACAAUAAAUCAUCUCUGCUCAGGGAUGGCAUACUAGGUUCUCUACUUAAUUUGUUAACAGAGGGUGACGCGGAGAUUAGGAAAGUGGCUGUUAAAGCUCUUCAAAAUCUUGCAAGCUUACCAAAGAAUGGGCUGGAGAUGAUAAGAGGAGGUGUUGUUGUCCCCUUACUAGACAUUCUCUGCACUCACACAUCUCCACCAACUUUGCGUGAACAGGUAGCAGCCACAUUUGUGCAUCUGGCUAUAUCAACUAGAUCUCAAGAUUCAAGUACGACACCAGUAUCAUUGUUGGAAGCUGAUGAACAGAUAUGCGGAAUGUUCUUAUUGGUGAACUUGACAUGGCCUCCUGUGCAGCAAAGCAUUCUCAGGGCAUUUCAUGCAAUGUGCCAUUCUCCAUUUGCUACCACUAUCAAGGCUAAGUUAAUUCAGUUCUCAGCUGUGCAAUUGUUGGUCACAUUAUGUGAGGCCGAUAACCUUGGUGUACGGGCAAAUGCUGUCAAGCUGCUCUACUGCUUGAUAGAAGAUGAUAAUGAAACCACUGUAUUGGAACAUCAGAAUUCAAUUGAGACCCUACUUAAGAUUAUCAAAACUUCUAAUGAUGAUGAAGAAAUUGCUUCUGCACUUGGGAUCAUCUCUAAACUUCCCAAAUCUCCCCAGUUUACUGAGCGGCUAUUGAAUGCAGAGGCUCUUCCAGUUAUAUUCAAAUUUAUUCGUAUUAGUAAACACAAUGGUUCCCGUAACGAUCAGUUGAUAGAGAGUGCUGUUGGAGCCACCUUCCAUUUUAGUGAUCCAACAAAUCAACAAUUACAAAGGCAAAUGGUUGAAAUCGGUGUGAUUCCUGUAUUGGUACAGUUGCUGGAGUUAGGUACCAGCUUAACAAAAAGGCAGGCAGCUAUUUUGCUGGCUCAGUUUUCUAAAAUUUCGGAUACACUAUGCCGGCCAUCUCCGAAGCGGCAUGGAUUUUGUUGCUUCUCAUCUCCACCAGAAACUGUGUGCCCGGUUCAUCAAGUAACCUGUACAGAAGAAUCAUGCCUUCUGGAAGCUGGUGCAGUGGAACCUCUUGUGAAAGUUCUUGGAGAACCUGACGACCCUGGAGCCUGUGAAGCUGCUUUAGAGGCGUUAUCGACUUUGAUUGAAGGUCCAAAAUUGCAAAGUGGUAGUAAGGUACUGGCUGAAGCAAGAGCCAUGCCAUCAAUUAUAAGACUGCUCGAUACUCCUUCCUCCACAUUGCAGCAGAAAGUUCUGAUUUCUUUAGAGAGAAUUUUUCGACAGGUGGAUUUCAAACAGAAAUACGGACCCUCAGCUCAGAUGCCUUUGGUUGACUUGACUCAGAGGGGAAAUAAUACUACAAAACCUCUCGCGGCCAGAAUUCUUGCCCAUUUGAAUGUGCUUCAAGAACAGUCUUCAUAUUUCUGAAGGAUUACAACAGUUUACAUACUCCAUUUGAGGUGUCUGUUUGCUCAGAAAACCCCAUGAUUCUCUAUUUGGCAAGUCAUGGAUGUGCACAGAUGAUUUUCUAUACCUAUGCACCGCAACUAUCCAAAUGUAGAGCAGGAAGAAGCACAACUUUCUUGUUAGGCCUCUCAUCUGCAUACAGGCAUGUGCAUAUGAUGUGAAGUGCCCUAUACAUCCUUAGGCCUGGCAUAGAGUUCAACUCAUUCUGGCACUUGACCUCAACUAUAAUUUUGAAGAAAAUUAGGAAUUGCGGGGACUUUAUACUUCAUGUCAUGUGAGCAGCAGGAGACCAAUGAUGUUUGCGUUUGUUGAGAGUCUAAUUAGUUUUGCUGUGGUGGGAGGUAAGAAAUUGGUAAAAUCCUCCACCCCCAAGGCCUGAUGAGCUGAGAGCUGGGUAGUCCUAGUUUAAAUGAUAAGUUGCAUUCUUUAACUCUUCAGUCUUGCUAAGAUUCAGUUGUAGAUGCUGUCAUGCAUUCUAAAACUCAAUAAAAAAAAAGGCCAAAAGUCCUGAAUCUCUUGUAUUAUGAUAUGCUGAGAUAUAUAUAUAUCUAUAUAUAUGUUAGGAUUUGUGAUUCAAAAUAUAUUGAUAAAUGUUUGCAUUUGAUUUCCA